AUGGCUAGUCCGCCAGUUCUAGCUUUCGAUGCCGAGGGCCGUCCAGUGAAGUUCGAAACCUGGCUAGAUGACCUGCACCUGUUCCUACAGCUCACUGCCAAGGAAGAUAUCUCACUGUACGACCACGCCCUAGGCCAUGCCACUGCCCCUGACUCGUCUGCUGACAGCACUCUGCGUUCUCAGUGGCAGACCCGUGAUGCGCACGCUCGCUUUGCUAUUCGCAACUCCCUGCCGCUAGACGAGCGCGAGCACUUCGGCCAGUGCAAGACUGCUAAGGACCUCUACACCGCUGUAGUUGCCCGCUACUCCUCACCCGCUUCUGCCACGCUAGGCCGCCUCACUCUCCCCUACCUGUUCCCUGACCUAGCCUCCUUUCACACUGUCGCAGACCUCAUCACCCACCUUAAGACUAGUGAGGCCCGCUUUCGCGCUGCUAUGCCUGCCGAGUUUCUCACUAGCAACCCCCCCCCGCUCUGGAUCACUCUCUACCACAUCGUCACCCGCCUCCCUGACUCUCUGCGCGCAGUCAGGGACCACUUCCUCUCUCGCUCCCCCACUGAGCUCACUGUUGCCCUCCUCGAGAAGGAACUGCUUGCAGCUGAGGCGAGCAUCGUCGCUGUAGGCACCUCUCGUGGCGACCCCCGCACCCCGUUCUUUGAGGGGUGUUCCCCUUCCCCCCUCCUCCCCUCUGUCGCCUCUGCUGCUGCUGUCGACCUUCUUGGUGCUGAGAAGGUCGGGACCGCGUCUGCUUCGAGCGGGCGCCGCAGGAACAAGGGGGGCAGGGGUGGGGGUGGUGGCGGAGGAGGUGGGGGUGGAGGCGGUGGGAGUGGAGGCGCGGCUGGGGAGACUAGUGGCGGCAGUGGGGGAGGAGACAGCGGCGGUGGGAGUGGUGGUGGAGGCGGCAGCGGAGGCGGAGGUGGUCGUGGCGGCGGCAGGGGUGGAGGUGGCCGGGGCGGCGGCGGUGGGGGUGGUGGUCGUGGAGGCACUGGCGGAGGGCAGAGUCAGCAGCCCGCCCCGACGCUUCAGGCCGCCCGUGAGUGGUAUGCGCAGCGUAGCGUUACCUGCACGUACGUCAUUCGCACAGGUGACCGCAGCGGCCAGCAGUGUGGGAGGCCGCACCCCACGCAGCGCUGCUUCGUGCGCCUUAACGACGCGUGGCGCACUCAGUUUCCUGCUGCCACUGAGCUGCCGCGCUGGGCUGAUCUGGAAAAGAGGGGUGUUGAUAUUUGGGCUUUAGACUUUGAUGCUAUUCUCACUGCCAUGUAUGCGAUGUCUAUUAGUGGAGAGGGUGCUCAGUACUUGCGUGUUCCGCCCGACCCGGGCAUUCAGGCCAGUCCGGCUGCCGCUCUAGGUGCUAGUGCGUCUGCUCCCACAGGUCCUGGUGAGGCUGCAGCCCUAGGUGCUCGUGCGCCCGUGCCCCCUGGUACUGAGUCGACUGCAGCACUGCACACCUUCACACUGGACUCAGGUGCUUCUCGCUCCUUCUUUCGUGACCGCACUGUCCUUGAGCCACUCGCUCGGCCAGUUGCUGUCUCCCUGGCUGACCCCUCUGGGGGUCCGGUCAUUGCGACCUCCUCCACUGUCCUUCCUUGUCCGGCGGUCCCGUCCGGCACGCUGUCAGGUCUCUACCUCCCCUCGUUCUCUACGAACUUGGUGGCAGGUAGUGCGCUCCAGGACGGGGGUGUUCACCAGUUCACCCCUGCCUACGAGCGCGUGACACACUGCACGUGUGCUCGGACGGGUCGCCACCUGGCUACCUUCACUCGGGAGCCGGGGUCGGACCUUUACACACUGACCACUGAGUCCCCUCAGGUAGCUGCGUCCGCGUCUGCGUCUGCGUCAGGUCAGCUGUCCGCCCCCUGCUCGUGUCGCUCUCUGGCGCAUGAGACUGUCCUUUGGCACCACCGCCUUGGCCACCCGUCUGUGCAGCGCCUUCGGGCCAUGCACAAACGGGACCUUGUUGCUGGUCUUCCCAGGGUGCUCCCUCCCCUUCCCGACUCGCCUGCUCCUCCCUGUAUUCCCUGUGUCGAGGGACGGCAGCGCGCCGUUCCUCACUCCUCCUCCUUUCCCCCGACGACUGCUCCCUUGCAGACGCUCCACAUGGACGUGUGGGGCCCAGCCCGCGUCCGUGGUCAGGGUCAGGAGAGGUACUUCCUGAUUAUUGUUGACGACUUCUCGCGCUACACCACGGUCUUCCCCUUGCGCGCCAAGGGUGACGUCCCUGAUGUCUUGAUCCCUUGGAUCCGCAGAUCUCGUCUCCAGCUCCGUGAGCGUUUCCGCUCCGACUUCCCUGUCCUGCGUCUGCACUCUGACAGAGGUGGGGAGUUUUCCUCUAGCCUAUUGGAGGCCUUCUGUCAGCAGGAGGGCAUUGAGCAGUCGUACACGCUUCCGGCCUCUCCACAGCAGAAUGGGGUUGCUGAGCGCCGCAUUGGUCUGGUCAUGGAGGUCGCUCGUACCUCCUUGAGCCAUGCGGCUGCCCCCCAUUUUCUGUGGCCGUUUGCAGUCCGAUACGCUGCGCAUCAGCUCAACCUCUGGCCCCGUGUCUCCUUGCCCGAGACUUCUCCGACACUGCGUUGGACGGGAGAGGCUGGCGAUGCGUCGCGUUUUCGGGUCUGGGGAUCCCGAGCUUUUGUCCGCGACGCGUCCGCGGACAAGCUCUCCCGUCGCGCUGUCCCCUGCGUCUUCCUUGGCUUUGUCCCGGACGCCCCUGGCUGGCAGUUCUACCACCCCACCUCGCGUCGUGUCCUGGCCUCUCAGGACGUCACUUUUGACGAGUCCGUCCCCUACUACCGCCUCUUCCCCUACCGCACUGCCCCGCUCCCCCCCCCGCCUCUCUUCCUCGCUCCAGGUGCUGAGGUACCAGACCCCCUCCCCCCUCAGGGUGCCGCUCCCUCAGGUGUGUCCCAGGUAGACCCGGGUGAGCCUGUCGAGCCUGGGGGUGCUGCGUCUGGGGGUGCUGAGCCUGGGAGUGCUGGGUCUGGGGGUGCGGAGCCUGGGGGUGCUGAGCCUGGAGGUGCGGAGCCUGGAGGUGCUGAGUCUGGGGGUGCUGAGUCUGGGGGUGCUGAGCCUGAGCGUGCUACACCUGGAGGAGCCCUCUCCUCCCAGCAGCUGCAGGAGAGGUACCUCGAGUACUGCCGCCUCCGGAGAGGUGCUCCUGGAGCUCGUCCCGGUACUUCCCCUCCUACCCAGGAGCUCCCCCCCAUUCAGCAGAUCCGCGAGUGGUACACACGCCGCUGCAGUCUUCGGAGUGGUGCUCCUGGUGCUGCGGACCCUGGGGGUGGCGCUGCUGCUGGUGCUGCGGACCCGCCUGGUGGAGCUGCUGCUGGUGCUGAGGACUCGGACGUUGGAGCUGCUGCUGGAGCUGAGGACCCGGGCGGUGGCGCUGCUGCUGGUGCUGAGGACCCGGACGUUGGAGCUGCUACUGGUGCUGAGGACCCGGGCGGUGGAGCUGCUGCUGGUGCUGUGGACCCGGACGCUGGAGCUCCUACUGGUACUGAGGACCCGGCCGCUGGAGUCUUUCUUCUUCUGGAGACGCUGCGCGGCCGCGACCGAGGUCUUACAGAGCGUCGUGAGCCUGAGUCUCGUCCUGUGUCGCCUGUUCGUCCUGCUCGCACUGGUAGUCGUGUCCGUCGUGAGCGUCCUCCUCCUGUCCCAGGCACUCACUACAUGACUCUGCGUCCCUCUACUGCUCCUCAGCGUGUCCCUCUACCGUCUCCUCCUGCGUCCUCUUUGCCUGACGUUCCGGACCCUGAGUCUGACCGGUAUCGUGCUGAGCACCCUACUGUCACGCGUCUCCUUGCUACUGUUGUCACUGACCCUACCUUUGAGUCCUCGGCUGCGUCUGCUCUGGUCGCUGAGUUGGUUGACUUUGCUGCUGCCUGUCGUCUAGACUACGCUGCUAGCCUUGUUGCUGAGUCUGAGUCUGUCUGUCCUCCGUCCGUCGGGGGUGGGUGUGCUCUUGGCACGGACGUCCUUGAGGACAGACAGGAGGAGUUCCAGUGUCUUGCUGCUGCUUUGCCCCGUCUCGUGUCCUUGCUAGUUGCCCCUGAGGGAGACCCGGAUGCACCAGACAUCCCGACCCCGCGCACUUACGCUGAGGCGAUGGCGGGUCCCUACUCCUCUCAGUGGCAGACAGCCAUGGACGCUGAGAUGGCUUCCUGGAAGUCCACACGCACCUACGUAGACGAGGUUCCCCCUCCUGGGGCGAACAUCGUCAGUGGCAUGUGGAUUUUCAGGGUGAAGCGGCCGCCGGGUUCUCCGCCUGUCUUCAAGGCGCGCUACGUGGCUCAAGGCUUCAGUCAGCGAGAGGGAGUUGACUUCUUCCAGACCUUUUCCCCCACCCCGAAGAUGACUACUCUUCAGGUGCUGCUGCACAUAGCCGCUCACCGCGACUACGAGCUUCACUCGCUUGACUUCAGCACUGCUUUCUUGCAGGGCAGCCUGCACGAGGAGAUCUGGCUGCGCCACCCACCUGGCUUCACUGGGUCGUUUCCUCCUGGUACCCAGUGGAGGCUUCAGCGGCCGGUCUACGGUCUCCGCCAGGCUCCGCGUGAGUGGCACGACACACUGAGGACUACACUUGCGGCUCUUGGGUUCGCGCCUUCUACAGCUGACCCGUCGCUUUUCCUGCGCACCGACACUUCGCUGCCGCCGUUCUACAUCCUCGUGUACGUCGACGACUUGGUCUUUGCCACUGCUGACACUGCAGGACUCGCCUACGUGAAGUCGGAGCUGCAGAGGAGACACACGUGCACAGACCUGGGUGAGCUGACAAGCUAUCUUGGCUUGCGGAUCACCCGGGACAGAGCACGCCGCACCAUCACCCUGACUCAGUCACACAUGGUGCAGCAGGUUCUCCAGCGCUUCCGCUUCACGUACUCCUCGCCUCAGUCCACUCCUCUGCCUACCGGUCACUCGCUCUCAGCUCUGCCUUCGGAUGAGUCCGUAGAGCCGAGUGGCCCGUAUCCAGAGCUUGUGGGCUGCCUCAUGUACCUGAUGACCUACACUCGACCUGACCUUGCAUACCCUCUUAGCAUCCUUGCACGCUAUGUCGCUCCUGGCCGUCACAGGAAGGAGCACAUGGAUGCCGCUAAGAGGGUGUUGCGCUACUUGUGCAGUACGUCGGGCAUGGGGCUUGUGCUUGGAGGGCGAGACCGAGUUGUUCUCACAGGGCACUCAGACGCUUCUUGGGCAGACGACCAGGCCACUCAGCGGUCGUCUCAGGGUUACACCUUCAGCCUUGGCUCUGGCUCAGUUUCUUGGCGCUCUACUCGCUCUUCUUCUGUUCUCGGCUCCAGUUGCGAGGCUGAGAUCUACGAUACAGCCAUCGCAACCCAGGAGUUACGCUGGCUCACCUACCUGCUGACCGACCUCGGAGAGCGGCCUCGUUCUCCUCCAGUACUGUACGUCGACAACAAGGCUGCCAUUGCCUUGUGUGAGGAGCACAGACUGGAGCACAGAACGAAGCACAUCGCCCUGCGGUACUUCCUUGCUCGUGAGCUGCAGCAGCGCGGUCAGCUUUGUAUUCGCUACGUGGCCACUGAGGCCAACACUGCUGAUGUGUUCACCAAGGCGCUUCAGCCUCGUGACCAUCAGCGCUUCUGCACUCUCCUAGGCCUUGUGCCUACUGGACCUCACUUACUUACCUCUUGA